UUUACGGGAGGGCUCUCUUUAGCACGAGCAGGCGCUGAAUGAAUUAAAAACACUUUUGCAGGCAAAAAGGAGCGAAAACGAGCACAGCUUAAACAAAACGCCAAAAGGUUCUUUUAGUUGAUUCGGGGCACUUGUUUCGGGAGGGCCCCUUAUUGUUUUACUUCGGCUUUCGGAGUAUUUUCCUUUUUUCAAGUAGUGAAUUUUGGGCUUUUUCUUUUUUCACACUUUAACGCAUUUUUGUGUGUGUGAUGGCGACUGCUACCCCUAUGCGUUCUGCCGGGACUCCCCGGACAAGCAGCGCUAGCACCCCACUAUCCCCGACCCGCAUCACCCGCUUGCAGGAGAAAGAGGAGCUCCGACACCUCAACGACCGUCUGGCCGUUUACAUCGACCGUGUGCGGGCUCUGGAACUGGAGAAUGACCGGCUCAUGGUGAGGGUGUCCGAGAAGGAGGAGGUGACAACACGCGAGCUCACUGGAGUGAAGACAUUAUAUGAGGCAGAGCUUGCUGAUGCCCGACGUGUUCUGGAUGACACGGCAAAAGAUAGAGCUAAGCUGCAGAUUGAUUUUGGGAAGGUCCGUGCUGAGCUUGAUGAGCUGAAGAAGAACUACAAAAAAAAGGAUGUGGACUUGGCUGCAGCUCUUUCCCGCAACAAGGAAUUAGAGGCUUUGUAUAACAAAAGUGAAGCCAGCCUCAAUACUGCUCUAAGUGAAAACCGUAGUCUAGAAGCUGAAGUUGCUGACCUGAAUGCUCAGCUGGCCAAGGCUGAAGAUGCCCACAGUGUUGCCAAAGCACAGCUGGAAGCUGAAACACUGAAAAGAGUAGACCUGGAAAACCGUUGCCAGAGCCAGUCGGAGGAGAUAGAUUUCAGAAAGAGCCUGUUUGAGGAGGAAUCGAGGGAGACACGUAGACGUCAUGAAAAGAGGCUUGUGGAGGUGGACAGUGGAAGACAGCAAGAAUAUGAAUUUAAGCUUGCUGAAGCUCUGCAGGAUCUAAGGAGGCAGCAUGAUGAACAAGUGGCAAUUUACAAGCAGGAGCUGGAGAACACCUUCCAGUCCAAGUUGGAGAAUGCGAGGAUUUCUUCAGACCUCAAUGAUAAAGCUGUCAACACAGCACGUGAAGAACUGCAUGAGGCUCACAUGAGGAUUGAAAGUCUAGGAUAUCAGCUGUCUGCCUUGCAAAAACAGGCCAGUACUGCAGAAGAGCGAAUCCGUGAGCUGGAGGAUCUGCUUGCCAGUGACAGAGACAAGUACCGCCGUAUGAUAGAUGCUAAAGAGAGAGAGAUGGCAGAGAUGAGGGACCAGAUGCAGCAGCAGCUCAAUGAAUACCAGGAGCUGUUGGAUGUGAAGCUGGCCCUUGAUAUGGAGAUAAAUGCCUACAGAAAACUUUUAGAAGGAGAGGAGCACAGGCUGAAGCUGUCUCCAUCUCCAUCUUCACGUGUGACUGUUUCCCGUGCCACCUCUAGCAAUGUUGGUAGUACUAUGACACGCUCUUCACGCACAAAGAGAAAGCGAGUUGAAAUGGAAGAGUCUCUAAUUGGAGGCCAGAGCAGAAGCAGUAGUAGCAGCAAAGUUCACAUUUCUCAGAAAGCUGAAGCUUCUGGAAGCAUCAGCAUUGAGGAGAUUGACCUUGAGGGUAAAUCUGUGCAACUGAAGAACAAUUCUGACAAGGACCAAUCUCUUGGAAACUGGAGACUAAAGCGACAAAUUGGAGAAGGAGAGGAGAUCUCCUACAAAUUUACUCCUAAGUAUGUUCUCAAGGCUGGGCAGACUGUUACGAUCUGGGGUGCUGAUGCUGGUGUGUCUCACAGCCCUCCUUCAGACCUACUAUGGAAGAAUCAGAGCUCCUGGGGCAGCUCUGAUAACUCUAGGACGUUCCUUGUAAAUUCUGAUGGCGAGGAGUUUGCAUCAAGGACAGUAAUUAAGACUCUAGUAGAAGUUGAGAAUGGAGAUGAUGAUGAAGCAGAUUUUGGAGAAGAAGAUCUUUUCCAUCAACAGGGGGACCCAAAAACAGCAUCCCGGGAAUGUUCGAUCAUGUGAAAAAAAGAGAGCUUCAGUAUUUUUUGCUUUCUUUUUUUUCUUUUUUUCUUCCAGAGCCACUAAAAUAUUUUUGUACAUUUCAAUGUUUUCAACAAAUCUGAAUAUCUUUUCGUAGCUUGAAAAAGAUGUUGAAAGCUGCCAUAUUUGUAGUUGGAUUAUAUGAGUCAGCUUUAUUUUGGGCUACUGAACACUAUUUUAACUUAUUUCUAUUUUUUUUAAUUGGGCUUUAUAAAUUACACAUGCACAUGCAGUUAAUUCACUGGAGCUUAGAGUGUAAGCCGCAGAUUUUGACUCAAAUUGAAAAUCAACUUGCUAUACUAUUGCUUUCUGCAAAGAACUAAAAUCAAUCACUGAAACUGAUUUUUAUUUGCUGGCAUUUUAAAAAUACCUAAUAAUGAGAAACAUGGAAAAGUAAAAAAAAAAAAAAAAAAAGCGUUCAUUUUUUUAUUGUAAAAUGAUGCAAAUGUUGCCUUUAUUUUUUACAGAAGUAAAAAAAAAAAAAAAAGUGACUUGAAACAUUUACAUUUAUUUUAAGUGAUUUCAUGAUUUAAAGCUGAAUUUUGAGAAUGACUCUGAGUAGGUGGUGCCAUUGUUUAAAAGUAUUAAAAGAGAGCAUAUGGUAACUGUAUUUAUUAAUAUUUAGGCUAGAUGAAAAUUUCCAGCCUUACAGUUUUUAUCUUGAAUCAUUCUAACCAGCUUUAAAGCAACAUCCCUUUACUUAGAUGACCUUACUUUUAAAUGUUUUUUUUUUAAUUACACCCAAAGAAAUUUUUUAAGUGUAGUGUUUUUAAAUACUUUCAUUGUACAUGCUGAAAAUUUUGUAGUUUGACUAAAGUGGGAAAGGAUGAAUUAUGUACCACUUGUAAAAUGUGUUAUUUUUAUCAUAAAAUAGACUCCCGUCUGACAUCUGCUACUUACCAUCUCUUAAGCUCUACAAAUUUUUGAAAGUGAAUUAUGGGAGGUACAAACUGUGCAUCUCUUAAAACAAAAAAGGAAGUGGCUAAUGGAAGGUCUUUCUUUUUCCUUACUGAAAACUGUAUAAAAUGUUACUGACAAGUUGACCUAUAGGCAGUAAGAGUAGUGAUGAUAGUUGGAAUGGCUUUGCAGUUUUAAGUAAACAGGGUGGAAAAUGAGAACGUUGAAAGGCUGUUUAGGAACGAUAAAAGAAAAUGGGAGUUUAAAUUGCAUCAUGAUCAGUUGUUCUACUGUAAAAUAUGAACUGUAGUAUACUAGAAGUAAGCAGUUUGCUGUGGCUUACUGUAUUUCUUGCAAAGAUAUCCUACUUUCCAUAUAACUCCUGUUUUGUAAGCAACCACCAGCUUAAAUUUUAAGUUGCACCAAAGCUCAAUUUAAUGAAGGUGUUUUUUUUUUUUUGUAAGUAAACAUACGGAACAAUACAGACUGUGGUCAAUUCCACUUUAUUGCAUUGUAACAGUAAACAUAGUAACAUAGUUCACACAUUUACCUCUGUCUUUAUAGCUGGAUCAAAUGAGAUACGAAUUUUAGGUGGGAUUUGAAAUGCACAACAAUCUGCCGCCUGCCUGCUAUAGUUUUGUAAUAGCCAUUGUGGCCGGUAGACUACAAAGAUGCUGAUCAACCUGUCAUGGCUUGUAUUUCAGCCAUAUGACAAAAAUAUGAACUGAAAAGUCUCUUUUUGUGAAAGUGCCAACAGAAUCCAUAUUUAAAAAAAAAAAACAUAUGCCAUUUUAAAAGUGCAGUGUUUUUGUAUAAUGCGCAUCAGAGUGGUAAAAUCUGGGGUUGGUUGUGCCUUCUCCUGUGACAUCCCACUGGUAUUACCCUCUCUAUGUAGGGGUAACUUCAUAUUUGUGUCUUUAUAUUUUAUUGAACUUCCCUAAACAAUUUCUGUGAGUUUGAUUUGAUUUAUGUGCCAAGAGAUAUAGUUUUACUACAUCUUAGUGCUGUGAUACAUAAGUGCAUGUUAACAGAUGAUAGGCAUGUUACCAGCCUCUUUAAUAAUUAAGAAAUGGCAAAAUAAUACUGUCGCAUAGCCAGCUAAAAUAACCCUAAUACUAUCACAUAGCACAAGUUGUGUUAAUGAUUUUUCAAAACUUCUUCAAUCAACAAAUAAGUUGAAACCCAGUAAGCUGACAGCACACUGCUAUUGUUGUAGCCUGUUGAAUUACAUGUGCAGUUAUCUAGAUGCUAAAAAAGAAUCCACAGAAGCUGAUGCUUUUUGCAACUUUUUUUUAAACUAUGCUAAGUAGUUGCUGUAAUGUCAGAAUGUUUUUUUUCCCUGUGACAGCACUUAAUUGUUCCAUUUGUAUAAAUCGGAUCAGAAUUUGCAGCAUAGUAAAACCCAUCCAUCCAUCCAUUUUCCAUCCCGCUGAAUCCGAACACAGGGUCACGGGGGUCUGCUGGAGCCAAUCCCAGCCAACACAGGGCACAAGGCAGGGAACCAAUCCCGGGCAGGGUGCCAACCCACCGCAGGACACACACAAACACACCCACACACCAAGCACACACUAGGGCCAAUUUAGUAUCACCAAUCCACCUAACCUGCAUGUCUUUGGACUGUGGGAGGAAACUGGAGCGCCAGGAGGAAACCCACGCAGACACGGGGAGAACAUGCAAACUCCACGCAGGGUGGACCCGGGAAGCGAACCUGGGUCUCCUAACUGCGAGGCAGCAGCGCUACCACUGCGCCACCGUGCCGCCCAUAGUAAAACCCCCUUCAUUUUAUUGUUGAUAGAUAGUUGAACAAUUUAUUGUCAGUAAAAACGUUUGAACCUGCAGUCAGCAUUUUAUUAAGAGAUACUGUAGAUAUUGCACACUUAUGAUUAUUGUUUAUAUUUAUUCAUUGAAUCCAUCCACCCAUCCAUUUUCCAACCCGCUGAAUCCGAACAUAGGGUCACGGGGGUCUGCUGGAGCCAAUCCCAGCAAACACAGGGCACAAGGCAGGGAACCAAUCCCGGGCAGGGUGCCAACCCACCGCAGGACACACACAAACACACCCACACACCAAGCACACACUAGGGCCAAUUUAGAAUCGCCAAUCCACCUAACCUGCAUGUCUUUGGACUGUGGGAGGAAACCGGAGCGCCCGGAGGAAACCCACGCAGACACGGGGAGAACAUGCAAACUCCACGCAGGGUGGACCCGGGAAGCGAACCUGGGUCUCCUAACUGCGAGGCAGCAGCGCUACCACUGCGCCACCGUGCCGCCCAUAGUAAAACCCCCUUCAUUUUAUUGUUGAUAGAUAGUUGAACAAUUUAUUGUCAGUAAAAACGUUUGAACCUGCAGUCAGCAUUUUAUUAAGAGAUACUGUAGAUAUUGCACACUUAUGAUUAUUGUUUAUAUUUAUUCAUUGAAUCCAUCCACCCAUCCAUUUUCCAACCCGCUGAAUCCGAACAUAGGGUCACGGGGGUCUGCUGGAGCCAAUCCCAGCAAACACAGGGCACAAGGCAGGGAACCAAUCCCGGGCAGGGUGCCAACCCACCGCAGGACACACACAAACACACCCACACACCAAGCACACACUAGGGCCAAUUUAGAAUCGCCAAUCCACCUAACCUGCAUGUCUUUGGACUGUGGGAGGAAACCGGAGCGCCCGGAGGAAACCCACGCAGACACGGGGAGAACAUGCAAACUCCACGCAGGGUGGACCCGGGAAGCGAACCUGGGUCUCCUAACUGCGAGGCAGCAGCGCUACCACUGCGCCACCGUGCCGCCCAUAGUAAAACCCCCUUCAUUUUAUUGUUGAUAGAUAGUUGAACAAUUUAUUGUCAGUAAAAACGUUUGAACCUGCAGUCAGCAUUUUAUUAAGAGAUACUGUAGAUAUUGCACACUUAUGAUUAUUGUUUAUAUUUAUUCAUUGAAUCUAAUUUGUCUUUCAGACAACUGCUUAGCAGGUCAUUAUUACACAUAGAGCCCAACUCAGAUGAGUGCUGUCUUUGUGUAUAGCUAAUAUCACAUCAAAAUAACUACCAGAUGUGAUUAUUUUAAUUUUUUUGAUGUUGGUAAUAUUUUAUAGAAUAAAGGCAAACUUUGAAGUAUAUGCACUUCUCUUUCAUGAUCUUUCAUUUUUUCUCAUAUUUUUUUUCCAUUCUUUGCAUAUCUGGACAACUGCUACCACCACAUGCUUCCUCUUUGAGGUGUUCUUCAGAUUCGGUACAGAUUGAGUAUCAUAGCCAUGUAGAUCAUCAAUCAGUUAAUUUUGGGAAUAUGCAUGUGGUGUAAAAGUGACAGCCAUGCGGUGACAUGCUCGGCAACAGUGACAGCUACAUGUCAGGUUUUCUAUUUACUUUGCUUGCAUGGUAGGAGAUGGUAACUUUUAUGCAGGACAUUACAAUUGUGCUGCUUGUGCCUUUAUGUUUCUGCCAUGUUUGAUUUUUGUUGCACCAUCCAUUUGAGAACGCAUCCCAGCUCUCUUUGUUCAUUUGUAGAUUUUAGGUUUGUUUGGCUCAUAUAAUUGCUGACUCCAGGUUGUGUUUAGAAAAAGCAAAAAAAAAGCAACUGUCUGGCCUUAAUUAUGAGUUGGACAGUAACUUAUUACAGCUUAUUUCAAGUUUACUUUGUACUAGUUUAAUUUCAUGCCACAUCUUGAUAUGGAGUUGUUAGACAAUAUUUGCAGUAUUUUCAGGUAGACCUACUAGAUCCUGAUUCCUUUUGCAGAAGAAGGCACAUUGAAGGAUCAUUUUAAUAUUUCUGUAAUGCCCUUAUAAUUUUACUAUGGUAAGAAUGUAAAUGUAUGUUUACGGAACAUUUCAGAAAGAUGAGCAAUAUAUUCUUUUAAGAAAUCAAAAAACUGUUUACAUUUUAAGAAAUGCUCAAGAAUAGAUUCAUGCGCUAAUCAUAAAGAUUACAUUUGUCCAAAAAAAAUUUCAAUCAGUUUGUGUCCUGCUUUAUUUUUCCCAUGGAUGACUUUGAUACACCCUGUAACAUAUGGCUGGUGCUUGUUUAUGUGUAGUAUUACUGUUACAUUGUUACUACAUGAACAUGGAGUGUCUCUGUGUAUUUAACUGACUCAAACAUACCAAGAUUUUUAUUUUUAUUUUUUUCUCCCCAAAGGUUUGUACAUUCUAAAUCUAUAAAUAAAAAUCUGCCAGUGAUGUGAUACUCAGUUACCCUAUUUGUCCUUUUUUCCACCCUGUUUAUAAUGUGCUUUGAGCAUUUAUAAUAUCCAGAAUCAUGAAUAAGUAUGUAACCAUAGAUCUAAAAUUGUUUCUCAGAUAUAAACUAUGUAUUGAUAUAAAUUCCUUUUUACAUUCUGUAGCCCAAAAUGUUGUCAACUUGCUAAUUGCCUUUCAAAAAAUAUAUCCAAUUUUCUUUAAGAUUUUUUUAUUAUUAUUAUAACUGUGAGCAUUUAGUUUCAUUAGCGUUUGAAUGUAUGACUUUUGGCAAUAAAGGUUUAGUUGGUAGAUACUUUUCUUAUAUUUGCCUGUUUCUUAAGACAGGCUGUAAAGUGAAUGCAUAAAAGGCAGCUUGAUUAUCAUUCAGAAAUAGGCACAGUCUGGAGAUGUUAAUUAAAGGAAAGAAUGAACUGGUUUCUUUGAUCCAUGUGAAUGAAUUUGACAAUUUGGGGUCUAAGGAAAUGAAUAAAGCCAAAAAGAUAAUAUUGCUACUGUAUAUUUUAAAAAGUGACUGUUAAAGUCACCUUAAUACAUAAAUACCUCAUUGUAUCUGUUUUAAAAUUAGAAAAUUCAAAUAGUCCUGAUUUGUCUUAACUUUUUGACAUGUUUUGUCUGAGCCAGUUUUUUUUUUUUUUAUUUAGUCAAGGAACAGGUUUUAUAUUUGUAAUGUUUAUCCAACGACUGUCAGCUUCUACUGUGGUGAUUUUACUUUUUUUUUGCCUACAUUGGCAAAGGCUGUGAAUGUGACAUCCUUGUUGAAUUUGGCCAGUAAAUCAGUAUAUUGUAGCAACAUCAUCUGCCUGACCUUCACCUGGGUAGAAAGUCUCGUUUGCCUUAAUGCAGAUCCUCUAAACACAAAGUGGGGGUUGGAUUUAGAUUAGUAAAUGGGUGUUGAAUCGUUGACCCCGUCAGAGAUCAGUCCUGUGACUAUUUGGCACAGAACAGCACUUCAAACAAUGUUUUAGAUACCAAUCUUCCAGAGCAACUCAUGGAAGUUGAGGUGUUUGUGCAUUUGAUGUAAGUUUAACCAGUACAAAAAAAGAAAAUUGGAACCCACUGAUUUCAUAAUGCACAAGAUGAAUUUAAAUGCAAAAGGCACAUUUAAUCCAGUUUAAGGGCACUAUUUUUCUAUUAAAUAACAUGGGAAACAAAAUUUUGUACAUUUUGAUGCUUGACAUUUUUAAAAGUGUAUUUCAUUUUCUUUAAAAAAUAGUUAUGGACUUUUGUUUACAUACACUUUUGGGAGAUAUUCUUUUAAAAAAAAAAGCUUAUACAUUUUUUCAAAUGAUACAAUUUAGGUUGAAGAGUGAGGCACUUGCUGUUCAGCUCUGUCUAGACUUGUGAAAAUAGUGAGGUUUUUUAAUUAAGAAUUUUGUAGAGACGAUCUAAGCUAGAAUGCUAAACAUUUUAAAUGUCUUAGCAGGUUUGUAUUAAAUAGGGAAGUGUGCCGAUUUCUCUUACUGGUUGUUGUUCAGCCCAAGUACUUGAUUAAUAAUGUCUGAUAUUUUAGCUUUGAGUUAAUAGUCAUUACAUGACUGGGACAGAUUUUUUAAACAUUGUUACUGUUAUCACUCAGGAGCCCAUAUUGUUUCCUAGAAAUGUUUCAGAUAUGCAGUGUUUAUUUUCUUUUUUUAUGCAUGGUAUGUACAAUAUUGAAAUACAGAAAAUGAAACACUGACUUUUCAAACAAAAAAAAUGUGUGGGGUGUUAAUCAAAUUCAGCAAGUCAAAUCAGAUUUUAUUUGUCACAUACCAAUUAUACAUACGAUAAUAUGUAUUCAAAUGCUUUGUUUUAAACUGCUUUUUACUCUGUGUUUUUACAUCAUUGAUUGAAUUUGAAUUGCUGACUCUGAUUUAUCAUUGGAAUAUUUUCUCUGUUAGCAAGUUUUGGUAUGUCAAAAAUGCCCUGUCUAAUUUUAAAUUGUAUUGGAUCAUUUUGAUGAAUCAAUUGCUCAUAAAAUAAAAAUGACACAUUCAAUUAUAGUAGGAAUUAUAGUAAGAGAAUGGCCGCCAGUUAGUGUUACAGAGCAUAAAUCAAUUAUAUAGAAUUACACGUAGAUAAUUGAUUAUAUUAUCUCAAUAUCUGAAAGCCAUACAAGUCUUUUAUAAGAGAUUCAGUGACCAUAAGCUGUGUUUUGGCUAUUGCUUUUGUACAUAAGUACAGUAUACAGUUCUGCAUUUUGCUUAUGGUACAUAAGCAGAAGACAUAGUAUGGAGUUACUGACAGCUUGGGCAUUUGAAGCAAACUUGCUUAUCUAUUGUGUGUCAAAUAUGGAGAAAAAACUGGCGGUGACCCACAAAAAUGUUAAUUUUUUUUCACUAGGUCAAAGGAAAGUGGUAAAUCCUCAUCACAUGAACCUAAAUUUGUAUCGUUAUACUUUCUGAGGAGCGACCGGGUUAUUGGAUAUGCAUGCCAUUAUUAUAAUUUUUCAUUUCUUUGUAACAUACAUUUGACUGGAAAAUUUUUGUACACAAUAAAUGUUUUACAUAUGAA